AAUAAAAAAAGAAAAGAAAUCCGCGAAAGACAACUAAACAAGCUGGGUGAGCGAGAGCUGGUUUGGAUUUGAUUUUUCCAUUUGUCAGUUUUCAUUCAUUCUUUCAUUCAUUCAUACUACACACACACGAAAAAACAGAUCCUUCCUUCUUUCCUUCCUUCCUCUCUCACCUUAUUCUUCUUCUUCUUCCUUCUCUCCCUUCAGAGAUAGACACUGAUAGAUCUGAUAGGAUUGGAAUUUUGAGAAAGAAAGAAAGAUGAUAGCGAUUCCGUACCUGACCGCUCUAACCACAUACUUCAGCUAUGGCCUUCUCUUCGCUUUCGGUCAAUUCAGAGAUUUCUUCCGCAAACUCAUUGAUUGGUCCAAAGCUAACACCCUUCAAGGUUACGCUCCGAUCUGCUUAGGCCUCGAGGAUUUCUAUAUCCGCCGUUUGUACCUCCGUAUUCAGGACUGCUUCGGAAGACCAAUAUCAAGUGCCCCUGAUGCUUGGUUUGAUGUAGUUGAACGCUACUCGAAUGACAAUAACAAGACACUGAAACGGACUACAAAAGUAAGUAGAUGUCUCAACUUGGGAUCAUACAAUUAUCUUGGUUUUGCUGCCGCAGAUGAAUACUGCACUCCUCGAGUUAUUGAGACAUUGAAGAAGUAUUCACCGAGCACUUGUAGCAGCCGUGUAGAUGGAGGCACAACUGUACUUCACAAUGAAUUGGAGAAAUAUGUGGCAAGUUUUGUUCGAAAGCCAGCUGCUAUAGUUUUUGGUAUGGGCUAUGUGACAAACUCUGCUAUUCUUCCAGUGCUGAUGGGAAAGGGAUGUUUGAUUAUCAGUGAUUCGUUGAACCACAAUUCAAUUGUUAAUGGUGCACGAGGGUCCGGAGCAACCAUUCGUGUUUUUCAACACAACAUUCCAUCACAUCUUGAGGAAGUACUUAGAGAACAAAUUGCUGAUGGACAGCCAAGGACUCACAGGCCUUGGAAGAAGAUAAUUGUCAUUGUGGAGGGAAUAUACAGUAUGGAAGGAGAGCUCUGCAAGCUUCCAGAGAUCAUAGCUGUAUGCAAAAAAUAUAAGGCCUACACAUACUUGGAUGAAGCACACAGCAUUGGAGCAGUGGGCAAAACAGGAAGAGGGGUUUGCGAGCUCUUAGGUGUGGAUACUGCUGAUAUUGACAUCAUGAUGGGGACCUUUACCAAAUCAUUUGGAUCAUGUGGAGGUUACAUUGCAGGAUCUGAGGACCUUAUAAAAUACUUGAAGUACACUUGCCCUGCUCAUCUUUAUGCAACUUCUGUUUCACCACCAGCUGCACAACAAAUAAUAUCGUCCAUAAGAGUUAUCCUUGGAGAGGAUGGUUCCAAUAGAGGUGCCCAGAAACUUGCAAAAAUUAGAGAAAAUAGCAACUUUUUCAGGUCAGAACUGCAGAAGAUGGGCUUUGAAGUUCUCGGAGAUAAUGAUUCUCCUGUGAUGCCAAUAAUGCUUUACAAUCCUGCGAAAAUCCCUGCCUUCUCUAGAGAGUGUCUCAAGCACAAUGUUGCUGUUGUGACAGUGGCGUUUCCAGCAACACCACUGUUACUUGCCAGAGCACGCAUAUGCAUAUCUGCUUCUCAUUCAAGGGAAGACCUUGUGAAAGCCUUGCAGGUUAUCAGCAUGGAUGACCUAGAUGGCAUUCAUGUUUGGAGUUUUAAGUACAGAUUUUGGCCCAACAAUAAUAGUCGCAUGUACGUCCUUGAAAAUACUGGAGAAUUUGUUAACGCACAUGCUCUUCGAAUGGGAGAUUCUAUUAUGGUUUACCAAGAUAGUCAAAAUCAUAAUUAUGUCAUUCAAGCAAAGAAAGCUUCUGAUCAAGAUGAAUUUAUGGAGGAAACUAGCGACAUGGCAAAUGAUAUCUUCCUUAAUGAUUACGAAGUUAGCAAACCUGGUUGUUUCAGCUUGACUUACCCAGCUUUGAAUGACACUGCAGGCAUGUCAUUCAUAUAUGAGACUACAUUCUCAAAUGAUAGUCCUCUUGACUUUUUGGGCGGAUCAAUGACUAAUUUUUCAAGGAUCGGACCAACUGAGACCUUUGGUUCUGUUGAAAAUUUGUCACUUGAUGACUUCUACUAAAGGUGGUUAUUAUGUACAAGCAGCAGCCAAAGCCUUAAUAAUAUGGUACAAGAGAAGUACUUUAAUUUUGAGUGUGGGUUUGUUCAAUAUGCUACUAAACAAAAGUUAAAACUCGCUCAGUGUUCUUGUAUUUAUUUAUUUUGUUGUUUGUUUUG